AUGGAGUCAUUUGUCAGUAUUCUCGUUCUGGUACUCCUCUUCUGGGCGGCCCUCGCUCUUUCUGCUACGCUGUGGAGUUACUUGCUGUCUCCGUUGAAAGUGUUUCCAGGGCCUGUUGCGGCGAGAUACACGAAUUUUUGGCGAUUCCGGGACGUUGUCAGAGGAAACUGCCAGAAUACGCACAUUAAACUGCAUCGGAAACAUGGAACUGCUGUCAGGAUGGGCCCCAAUACCAUUAGCCUGUCGGACCCAAAUCUGAUCAACACAGUCUUCUCGACCAAGACUCUGUGGAAAAAGAGUGCUAUGUAUGGAGUCAAGGAACCUAUAGUGGACGGAAGAAGCGUACCCAAUCUAUUCUCCACAAGAGAUGAAAAUUGGCAUUCAUUCUAUAUGCGUCCGAUCGCUCCCCUCUACUCUAUGACUAAACUAUUAGAACUUGAACAUUGCAUUGAUGAGAUGAUCGUGUGCUUCACCAAAAAGCUUACGGAACGAUUUGCCGAGACUCUGAACGUCUGCAAUAUGGACCAGUAUCUGUUAUACUUUUCCUGGGAUCUGAUGAACAAGAUCACAUUCGGGGAAGACCUCGGGAUUCUCGAUGCUGGAAAGGAUGUGACCGGUUUUCUCGAAAUAUCCGCCCAGGACAGUGACUAUUUUGCCCGAACUUCUCAAAUUCCUCGUCUGCACCGCUUACUAUCCCAGAAUCGUUUUUUGCGAUUUGGGCCCCCGGCUAUGGACUGGGCUGUCGUUCUGGGAACCACAGCCCUUCAGAAACGUCAAGCCAACGGUCCUCCCGAAAAGCCAGACUUCCUCGAAAAGCUACUGGGUGUUAGGAGUAAAUACUCGGAUAUAAUAGAUGACAAUAUGAUGAUAACUUACCUUCUCAACAACUUGAUUGCUGGAAGCGACACCACGGCAAAUCUCUUAUGUGCCACUAUCUACUAUGUCUUAAAGAAUCCGAAUGUGCAUGAGAAACUCAGCAUGGAAUGUGCUUCACUUGAAACUCCGGUCAGCUGGAAGAAGGCACAACAGCUCCCAUACCUUGACGCCGUCAUGCGCGAAGCCAUGCGUAUCCAUCCUGGUGCCGCCCUGAUGCUGGAACGUGUCGUCCCAGAGGGUGGCUUGACUCUCCCUGACGGUAGAUACAUUCCUGAAGGCACGAUUGUCGGCAUGAAUCCUUGGGUUGUCAACCGUGACGAGGCUGUAUUCGGUCCAGAACCCGAUAGAUUCAUCCCAGAAAGAUGGAUGAAGCAAAUUCAUGAAACUGAAGCUGAAUUCCAGACACGACGUUCAAAGAUGAAAUCUUGCGAGCUGUCGUUUGGUGCUGGCAAGAGGGCAUGUCUAGGGAAACGGCUCAGUCAGCUCGAGAGUUACAAGCUCAUCGCCACUCUAUUUUCUACUUUCGAGAUGGGUCUAAGCUUUCCCAGCGAUGAAUGGAAGGUCACGAAUUCCUGGUUUGUGAGAAAUGAGAAUAUCCGCGUCACCCUUAAAUCUCGCUCGCAAUAGGUUUCAAAGAUCCCCCAGAGCAAUGCUUGUCAAAUAGUAAACGUUAGGUAUAUUGUACCAGGAGUACGUUCCGUGUAUUUACUGCUGAAACGAGGACAUUUGUUCAAUCUUUUCAUAGAACAGACGAACAACUAGCUAUUGGGUGAAGACUGCUUUGUUACCUUGGGAAGUGAACCAAGACAACAUUACCGUUGGAUCACGAAGAGUUCCAGUAAUGCUCGAGAUUAUAUUAUAAGUAUUUCGAAACAGAGACGUCUG